AGCACUUAAUUAAUAAAUUCCAAAGGAUAAUGUUUAUUUUAAAUUGCGCAUGGUAUACAAAAAAAAAUCAGCUGUGGCCGUCGCCCUCACUGCGCAAGUAGUUUUCACCCCAUUCCCAUGCACUCUAACUGCAGCAGCAGUAGGGAUAUUUGAAGAGUCGCGAAGUAAAAUUCCAAUAUACAAUUUGCCUUGACUAUUGAUUUAAGCUAAAUAUACGCUUUAAAAAAUGUUAAUUAUUUGAAUAGGAAAAGUUUAUUUGUGAUUUAAAAUUAUUAGAAAUGUUGCGGCAAGAAAAUUUGGCUGCUAAUUUUUGUGGACUGCUGGCAAGUCAAGGAUUCAAAGAAAAGGCUAUUGAAUGGCGUAUAUUGGGACAGGAGCAGGACGGCUCUGUGCUUACAUCGUGGAUAUUCGAACGGUUGGAUGAGUCCACACGUGAACGUUGUAUAGGGCAUUUUAAUGCCACCGCAAAAACAUUGCGCAUCUUAUAUCGCUUGAAUACUUGUGAUGAAGUAAUACAAGCUACAAUCAAUAAUUCCGGUUCAUUACUUGUGUUUAUUGUAAAGAAAACGUGGACUCCUUCGACAGAGUCAGAUGCGACAGCAGGUUUACACUAUCUAGCCUAUAUAACAGAAGUACGUUCAGAUGGACGUUCAGAAGCUACAACUGGCAAUAGUCCAGUCAUAACAUGUUUUUUUUCAAAGCGUUGGAAGAUUGACAGUAUUCCACUUGGCUCACGUGAUGGUUCCAGCAGUGGGAGCAAUAGCGGCAACAGCGGCACAACGAGUGGUCAGCAGAAAUAUCCUGUGCUGGUAUUCGUGCAUGGCGAGUCAUAUGAAUGGAACAGCGGCAAUCCAUACGAUGGCUCCGUGUUAGCAAGCUUUGGUCAAAUACUUGUGGUUACCAUCAAUUACAGACUGGGCGUGUUAGGUUUUCUAAAUGCCAACACUGACCGCUAUUCGAAACUGCCAGCAAAUUAUGGUUUAAUGGAUAUCAUUGCUGCCUUGCAUUGGCUUAAAGAAAAUAUUGCAGCUUUUGGUGGUGAUCCAAUGAGUAUAACACUUGCGGGACAUGGUACAGGAGCUGCUUGUGUGCAUUUCUUAAUUUCAUCUAUGGCAGUGCCGGAAGGUCUACUCUUUAAUCGUGCAAUACUUAUGUCGGGCUCUGGUUUAGCACCAUGGUCACUUGUUAGCAAUCCAGCCAAGUAUGCUGCCAUAGUUGCACAUCAUGUAAAUUGUGCACCCGAUUUACCGCAUGGACAUCUCAUGAAAUGUUUACGCGACAGAACCCUCGAGCAGCUAUUAAGUGUGCCCAUACGUCAACCAGAGUUUGGUUUUGCAUUCGGUCCCAGCAUAGAUGGUGUUGUAAUUGAUGGCGGUGAUUAUGUGCCACCAGCGCCAGGCUCAGCAGCUGCACAAGCACAAGCCUCAACAGCUGCUGGUAGUGGCUUAGGUGGUGGUGCUGGUAUAGCAGCAGCUGGUGGCUGGGGCACACCAGGGCAACUAGAGAAUAUUGUAUUAAUGAGGAAAACAGCCAUUAACAAGUUGUCAAGAUAUGACCUUAUGGCUGGUGUCACACGUGCUGAGGCGUUUUUUUCCUUCAAUUCCGGUGACGUGCAAUACGGCAUUGAGGCGGAUCGACGCUCCAAGAUUUUAAAAGCUUACGUACGUAAUACAUACACGUAUCAUCUGAAUGAGAUAUUCGCAACAAUUGUAAAUGAGUACACAGAUUGGGAAAGACCAGUACAGCAUCCGAUUAAUAUAAGAAAAGGAAGUGUAAUCGACUACACCGAAGCAAAUGAAGUGUAUUUAAGCAAAUCUGCAGGAGUACAAACAACGACAGAUGCAACAAAAGAUACAUUUAAGUAA